AUGGCCAACCAAACUACCACUAUAAACCCAAGUCAUCUCCCAUGGCACCCAGAGGCAGUCCCUCUCUCCCACGUCUCCUUGCAGGUCCAGGAGGUCUACCCUUUUCAUGAUGGCUGGAAUGUGGCCUGCUUCAUCAUCCUUCUGCUCUUCAUCCUCACUGUUCUGUCUCUGGCUGCCUUGGCCGUGCUCUAUGAGCUACUGGACUGUGGCUGCUGCGCCAAAGGGAAGACACAUCAGCAGCUACAGGAGGAGGGGCCGGGAAGAUGCAGCAAGCUCAUGACCAGCAUUUGCAAAGAGCCGGAAUCCCACAAUGAGGUGGUAUAA